GCCUGAGAGAGCGAGAGAGAGAGCGAGAGAGAGAGAGAGAGAUUUGGUAUAUGUUAAAGCAUAGAGGAAGGCCAAUGUUUUGUAGUUCCGUGAGUAUUACCACCACUUCGUACGAAUAACACUGAACUUAUCGGGAGUGAAGUCUUCAGGCUACUUCAGUGGAAAAUAAUUUCAUAUGACUCUCAUUAUUUAUAUUAUUUGCUUGAGAUAAUAAAAUAUCAUUUUGAAUGUAAAACGACCAAUAAAUAGACAAAUUAAAUAUUUUCCUUGGACAGUAACCAAGAAAAUCAUUAUGGAAAAAUAGCAUGAACUUCACGUACUCGAAAGUGGCAGCGUGCGUCACCACGGAUUUCCACGUUACGGUUUACGAUUCAUUUCUGGGAUCUGGAAAACUUGGAGUGUUCUUUGGAAACAGGCGAUCUCUUGUUUUUUUACGGGUAUUUUUGGAAUAUAAGUGUGUGUUGGAAUCUAUAGUGUGAGCUUUUUUUCUAGGGAUGGCAGUAUCUAUUCUAUAUAUUUUCUUAGUUUUUACGUUUUUAUGGGGCACAGUCUGGAGCGCAUCCUUUUCUAGUCGAUAUAAUUCUUUCGGGGGGCAAAAUCAACCCCAGACGCAGAAUGGGGCAAGAGCAGCGAGCAGACACAGGAACUGGUGUGCAUAUGUGGUGACGCGGACGGUGAGCUGCGUAGUGGAGGAUGGAGUGGAGACCUACGUGAAGCCGGACUACCAGCCCUGCUCAUGGGGACAGGGUCAGUGCACGCGGGUUGUGUCGUAUCGGACCUACAUGAGGCCCCGGUACAAGGUGGCUUACAAGAUGGUGACAGAAAUGGAGUGGAAAUGCUGUAAUGGCUAUUCUGGGGACGACUGUAAUGAGGGACCAAACGAGCCAUCCAUCACCCAAAUCUCCACCGCUGGACCUCGGCCCAAGCCAUCCCGUCCAGGACAGGCUGGCUCCAGCACUAACCCGGGUCAAAAUGGUCGAGACGGGAGAGGUGACUAUGAUAAGAUGAAGCAGCUGGAGGACAAGAUCCAGAGUUUAACCAAAGAUCUCCACGACUUGCAAUCUACUCUCCGGAGCAUGAACGAGAAGUUCCAGGAGGAGCUGCGAAAGCCUGGUACCACUGGCAAGAACCCAGCAGAUGCUGCACAGCCAGAGAUAAAAGAGACCAUCCACAGCAUCCAGGCCAAGCUGGAUCAGCUGGACAAUAUGACCCGAGCCCACGACAAGACGCUGGUCAGCAUUAACAACCACCUUGUUAAUGGCAAGGGUGGCAGCAAUGACCUGAAAAUACCAGAUGGAAGUCAACUCUCAGUGAUGAAGGAGGAGAUCUUGAGGGAGCUGGAGCACCGAGUGAGCUUGUCCUGCGCCGCUUGCCAGUCUGGCAUUGAGGACCUGCAGUGGCAGCAACAGAAGGACCGUGAGAGGAUCCUUGCCUUGGAGAAACUUGUCAGCUCCCUAAACCAGAAGCAUGGGCAAAUGCUAGACAACAUGCGCAGGGAUUCGACGCGAUCCCAAGCCUGUUGUGACCAGGUGAGUGACCUGACCAGGAGACUCAGCAACAUGGAGCGGAAGAUGAGCUCAGCUGAGAAGGCCCAUGAUGUCCUAAGUGACCGUUUAGAAAAGGAACUGACUGGGACCAGUGGGGCUGGAGGCAUCUCAAGGGUGACUGAAGAAAGGUUCAACAGCCACUUGCAUGACUUGGAGCGACGGCUGAAUAGCACAGUGCAGAAGACAGAGGAGAAUUGUGCUUACAUGGAGAAUGACUUGAAGGAUUACCUUCAUAAGGAACUAAAUAACCACCAUAAUUUAUUUAUGCAUCACUUCAAUGAGCAUCGCAGCAAAAUUACAAAUUUAGAGGUCGACGUGGGGACUCUAAAAAACAAAGUUUAUGACUAUGAGAAGUGUGUCGUUGAACUGGAGAACAUAACAUCUUACAUGGACAAAAAAUUAAACUCAGCAGUAAGCCUCUGUAGGGACUCCUGUGUAUCCAAGGACAGCACAGGCAGAGGAGAUGAUACCGAAGAUACUGUGAAGUCACUGGAGUGGAGGGUAAUUGCUAAUGAGGACGAAAUUCAGAAGUUUGAUACCAGGCUGAAGGAUCUCAGUAUAACAGGUGACUCAAUGAAUGACAGAAUUGUGAACCUCAGUCAUGAUGUUCGCAAGAUUAAGUCCCUCACAGGGGAAAAUGGGGAGCAUUUCAAUAGAAUCGUCACAAGGAUUCAGAAUCUUAGUAAAACAUGUGAAGAUGAUGUGAAUUCUUUGAGAAACAGCACAAGCAGGGCUUUUAACAAUUGGCAGACGCAAAUAGAUAACAUGUGGAAUAGAAUAGACAAUGAUGAAAGCACUUGUUCUCAGGUGUGCUCAUCCCUACAAGAAGAAGUGGGGAGUCUGAAGGAAGAUGUGGAGAAGUGUAGUCGUCAGUGCAAAAUUACCUUGGAGCAACCAACUGAGGAGGGAGAUCUGGGUCCAGAGAAGCCAUUGGAUGGACACAGUGUCAUUGGCAGUACAUCACAUGGGAAUUUGAAGGCCAUCCAGGGAGAGCUGUCUGAGGUUAUUCUGACAUUUAGCUCCAUCAACGACACACUGAAGGGGCUUGAACACAGUGUUCAAAAGCAUGACAGCGUCAUCACAGAUCUGAGCAACACCAAGGACAAGAUCAUCUCUGAGAUUGACAAAAUCCAGCAGGAGAUGAGCGAGCAUGUGGAGGAAAGUAAGAACCGCUUUGACCGGGUGGGUCAGGAGAUCCAUCGGUUCGGUUUUGAGAUGGGUGACUGCAAACGAUCUGGAGAAGGACUAGAGAAGAGAUUGUCUAAGAUGGAGAAUGUCUGUAGUCGCUUGGAUUCCAUCUCUGACAACCUGCAAAAGAUCAAAGAGGGGCUGAACAAGCAUGUCACCAGUCUUUGGAGUUGUGUCAGUGAUAUCAACACCACCGUCAUCUCCCACAGUGGAUUCAUUGACGAAAUCCAGAAAACUCAAUUGGAUGGAAUCCAUCGGAACAUUAGGCACCUUAAUUCUUCCAUGCUACACAUCCUUCAGGAGUUCCUGAAUUUCUCAAACCAAGACUUUGUUGGUCUGCCUGGACCUCCUGGGCCUCAGGGAGAAACAGGACCUGAAGGGCCUUUAGGACCAAUGGGUCCACCAGGCAGCGAUGGGCCAAUAGGAUUGCCAGGUUUACCAGGUCACAUGGGACCACCAGGCCUCAGAGGUGAACAAGGAUCUCCAGGAAGUGAUGCAGAUGUCCCUCGACUGUCCUUCUCGGCCGCCCUCACCCACCCCCAGCUCAGCUCAGGAACCAUCAUUUUUGACAAGGUCUUAGUUAAUGAGGGAAGUCACUAUGAUGCAAGCACAGGGAUCUUCACAGCACCAGUGGAGGGAAGGUACUUCUUUAGCGCCAUCUUGACAGGUCAUAAAAACAAGAAGAUCGAGGCUGUGCUGUCCAAGUCAAACUAUGGUGUAGCACGUGUGGACUCUGCUGGGUAUCAACCGGAGGGCCUGGAGAAUAAGCCCACAGCGGAGGCCAAACCUACACCCGGGUCUCUUGCUGUCUUUAACAUAAUCUUAGCCCUGAAGGAGGGAGAUACUGUCUGUAUUGACCUAGUCAUGGGCAAGCUGGCCUACUCUGUGGAACCUCUCACCAUCUUCAGUGGGAUGCUACUAUAUAAGGAUGCAUAAUACACCCCGAUGUGCAGGAACAGCAUUGACAUGCAGAGACUGCGACUCCCUCCAAAAUGAUGUGGCCAGACCAUAAAGCACGGUUUCUGGCCCGAUCACAGAAGAAGGAAGAGGAGAGGAUAGUUUUCAGUCACAAUGAUGAUUUAAUACUAGUGUCACUGUAUGAAGCGAAUAUUACGAGAAACAUCUGAAGAAGAUGUGUAUACUUCCGGAAAUACUGCUUAUCUGAAAGGAAGCUGAGACAACUGACACUGCAGGUCUUUAUCGUCAAUUUUUUCAUGCACUAUAGAUACAAGUGUUAUGAGUUAUCUGCCAAAGUCAGCCGUAUGAUCUUGCAAUCUCCUGACACGCCUUGCCAAAAAUGUUCAGAAAGCAACGAAGACUGUGUCAGUAUUUUUUUCAAGAUAUUGUGAACAAAAAUGUAUAUUUUUAAUAAGUUUUUACUUCUGUGUACUUCUGUGUGCUCUGAUUCUUUUCCCUAUCUGUUUACCGUAAAAAAAAGAAUUAAACAAACCCUGUGCUCUGGCAGAAGAGGGGAAAGUUUCAGAACUGGCUGACUAAAGUAUUUUCCUACCGUUCAAACCUUAGAUUCAUAGCCAUGCUCUUUUUUAUGCUGGGGUGAAGAUGAUCAUUGUUCUAACAAUGAUUUACUAUUUAUUCAAACACCAUGCAAUAUUUUUCCAGCUGAAAACUUACUUUUAAGAAACUGAAGUAAUUCAUGUGAAGGUAUGGUUGUGUGUUUAUAAUCAUAAUCAAAAAUAAAGAAUAUUUUAUAUGUGACAUCUUUUCGUAAAAGCUGUAGCAGGGUCUUAGUCACACAGCUUUUCGACCAACAGCCGAAGAUUGUGCGCUUACUAUAAACAAAGCCUUUUAAACAACCGUAUAAGGAUCCAUUAAUGCGCUCGACCUCCCUUGGUGGAUACGACUGAGGUUUGUCGUCUUCUGUAGGAUCUCAAAUACCUCAGUAACGAAGAGAGUUGAACGUGGCAGCCUCUUGCUUAAGCUUGAGCAAAGACAUUCUCACUGGUGCCUCGAUGAUCUACAGUGAGAUGAUUCCACUCCGACAUCCUCAUAAUAAACUAACUUAAGUGAAAAGCAUGAAUCAAACCAAAACCGAAUACAAGUUUCCACACUGAUUUGCUAUAUAUAAAGUAGCAGAAAUAUCUUGCACCAGCAAACAGAACUGUUGUUAAACGCAUUCUUUGGAUAAAACAUGGUGAAAGUGAAGUGUUUCUGUGCACUGUGCAAUCUCAAAAUUGGCUGUAAAUUUUUCGUUAAAUUUGUUUUAUAUGACUUUUCAGUUAUCUGAAAUGUGUUUGUUGGCGCUAUGUGUGAUUCAAAUAAAGAUAUUUAAUUUUACUCA